AUGUCACGUGAUGAUAAGGCCGCGCAAAGGCGGUUAGAAACGCCGGAAAGACAGGCGGUAUCCUGUCGCAGUGCUGGAAGACGCAGUCGCAGUCGCGCUCGUUCGGAAAGUCAUAGUUACCGCAGUAGGAGCCGUCUGAGUAGUUCCGAAAGAGGGCGAACGCAAGAUCAGGCCCUCGACGAGGAAGUGAAGAGACAGCGCCAACGAAUUCAUGAACUCGAGGGUGGGCUGCAGCGACAGCGUAAUAUGAAUGACAACAUGGGCAACGUCCGCGACAGGAGUAUGGAGCAAGAUCGUCGCCCAGAGAUGCGACGCUCGCAACGUGUGCAGCAGGACGAGCUACGUGCGUCGGCAGCCAGACGGGAUAUCAGGUCGGUUAGUCCGCUAUUUAUAUCAAAGGAUGUUGCGAAUAUUGUUAACUCCUUGAAUUCUCUAAAACCUAAACCUCAGCCGUCACCAGUUACAACUUUAUCACAUUCUAAUAGUCAUAUAAACCAGAAAAAUAUUCUUCCUGAAUUUGAUCCUUCUUCAAAGGUUCAAAGGAUUGAUGUAUGGAUAAAGAAGGUUAACGAAUGCGCCACUGUUUACGGCUGGGAUGAAAAGACAGUUAUACAUUUUGCUAUGCAAAAACUCCAAGGAUUGGCCAAACUUUGGUACGAAAGUUUAAAUUCGAUAUUGUUUAGCUGGGCCGAAUGGCAACAUAAAUUGUUGAUUGCUUUCCCCUUCGAACAAAAUUAUGGCCAAUCUUUGGAGGCCAUGCUUAGACGGAAGACUAGACUCAAUGAACCUCUGGAAAUGUAUUAUUACGAAAAACUAGCACUAUUGAACCAAUGUGACAUCGAUGGCAAGCGUGCGGUGGAUUGUAUUAUUCACGGACUAACUGACAAAACUAUAAGGUCCAGCGCUAAUGCAUUGCGCUGUUCGCGGCCAGAUCAACUUCUUAAUUUCCUCAUGAGUAAUAGGGACGUCUCGCAACAUUCAGAUAAUAAUUUCAAAAUAGGUCCCUUGUAG